AUGACGUCUCUUCCGAUAAUCCUCGCAUCCUCUCCUCCGCGAAACCUAUCCAAACCUCCUUCCACUUCUCAAACCCCAGACUCCGAUCAAACUCGCAUAACAUCACUCAACAUUUCCCCAAAAUUCCGCAACUUAUCGUCUUCCCUACAGCUUCUAACCAAAACCCAUCUCUCUGUUACAGCUUCCCAUAUAAUAUCACCUUCCUCUGUUCUCGCAUCCGAAUCCUUCACCUCCAUCUCCGAUUCACCAACCGGAAAAAUCGAUUUGGAGUCAAUUCUGAUCUCAAUCGAUAAUUUCUUCAACAAGUACCCGUUUUUCGUGGCGGGAUGUACAUUCCUCUAUCUCGUGGUUUAUCCGGCGACGAUUUUCUACCUGAGGAAGUAUAAACCGAUAUCCGCCGUUAACGCGUUUCGAAAGCUCAAAAGCCAACCCGAUUCGCAGCUUUUGGAUAUCAGAGACGAGAAGACGUUGGCUUCGUUGGCGUCACCGAAUCUUAAGUUUUUGGGGAAGAGCUCGGUUCAGGUUCCGUUUAGUGAAGAUGGUGACGUGUCAGUGUUCUUGAAGAAAGUCAAAGGAAGCUUCUCUGAUCCGGAGAAUACAGUUGUUUGUGUUCUUGACAAUUUUGAUGGCAACUCCAUGAAAGUAGCUGAAUUGUUGAUCGAGAAUGGCUUCAAAGAAGCUUAUUAUAUCAAAGGCGGCGCGAGAGGGAAGAAUGGUUGGUUGGCCAUUCAAGAAGAGCUUUUGCCUCCACCUGUGCAUAUGACUACUUCGAAAAAUGUAAAAUCUUCAAAUACCACCAAUGAAGCAUCCAUUGUUGGAACUGAAAACUGA